AUGCCUGACAGCACGACGGAGUGUACGGCCGCCCACUUCCUCUCGGGGUGGGUGUCAAACUUCGGGGCGCCGGUCACCAUCAUCACCGACCAGGGGGUGCAGUUCGAGUCUCACGCCUGGGGUGAGCUCAUGGCCUUCCUCGACACGUCGCGCCAACGCACCACAGCCUAUCAUCCACAGGCCAACGGGAUGGUGGAGCGCUUUCACCGGCGUCUCAAGGAGGCGAUUCGUGCCUCCCCCCCAUCCUGGGCCACGGAGAAGGAGAACUUGCAUCACACGCCGGCGGAGCUGGUCUACGGGGAGGACUUGAGGCUUCCUGGCCAAUUCGCAGCACUUGGGCCGCCCGCGGGACACGCUCUGGCCUUCCUUCCGGUGUUGCGACAGGCUAUGGCGAACCUCCGGCCAACUCCUCCUCGUCCACCCCCCUCCCGCCCCACUCACUUCCCGGCGGACCUUCGUGACGCGGCAGCUGUCUUCCUGAGGACUGGCGCUACCACAGGUUCUCUUUAG